AUGCGGCAGAUCGAGCUGGAGUCGGAAAAUGCCAUCAAGUAUCGCACUUGUAGUUGGCAGAAGACGGCCGCGCUGCUGUUCUCUGAGUACAUCUGUUUGGCGAUCAUGUCGUUUCCUUGGUCGUAUUCCAUUCUGGGAUUGGUGCCGGGGUUGAUUCUGACGGUGUUUAUUGCGGCGGUCGUGCUUUAUACUUCGCUCACUAUUUGGCGGUUCUGUUUGCGACAUCCCGAAGUUAGGGACGUGUGCGACAUUGGCCAGUACUUGUUCUGGGACUCUAGGACUGUCUGGUACUUGACUGCGGUGAUGUUUUUGUUGAACAAUACUUUUAUUCAGGGCGUGCACAUCUUGGUCGGUGCGGAGUGGCUCAACACCGUAAGCAACCAUGGCACUUGCACCAUUGUCUUCUCCGUGGUUACCGCCAUCGUUUCGUGGAUCUGUUCGCUUCCGCGAACAUUCGACACCCUAUCCAAGGUCGCCACGUUCUCCGCGCUUUUCACGUUCAUCUCGGUUCUGCUGGCCAUGAUUUUCGUCGGCAUCGAAUCGCAUCCGGCAGGCUACACUCCCGCCAAGGGCGACCCGGUUUAUACGGCCCUCCCCGUCGCCGGAACGACUUUUGUGUCUGCCGUCAAUGCCUUCCUGAACAUCAGCUACACGUUCAUCGGCCAGAUCACGCUUCCCAGUUUCAUUGCCGAAAUGAAGGAGCCCAGGGACUUCUGGAAGUCCGUGACAGCCGUGACCGUCGCAGAGAUCAUCGUUUUCAGUGUGGUUGGCGCGGUUGUCUACGUCUACACCGGCAACCAGUACAUGACAACGCCUGCCUUCGGAUCAAUCGGUGACGAGGUGCUCAAGAAAGUGUCAUUCUCGUUCAUGGUCCCGACCUUGAUCUUCCUUGGCGUUCUCUACGCCUCCGUUUCUGCUCGUUUCAUCUUCUUCCGUAUCUUUGAAAACACCCGUCACAAGGGUAACCAUACGGUGGUCGGAUGGGUCUCCUGGGGUGCCAUUCUCGCAGUGCUCUGGGUCCUGGCCUUCAUCAUUGCCUCGGUCAUUCCCUUCUUCAACGACUUGCUCUCCAUCAUGAGCUCCCUGUUCGAUUCCUUCUUUGGAUUCAUCUUCUGGGGUGUGGCUUAUCUCCGGAUGAGGCGGGAAGACUAUGGACCGGGCUUCUAUAAGAAUCGUGGCAUCCGCGGCUGGCUGGGCUUCCUUCUGAAUGUUGGACUCAUUGGCGUGGGUCUUUUCUUCUUAGGUCCAGGAACCUACGCCUCUGUUAUGAGUGUCAUUCUCAACUAUCGGGCUGGAACCGUGGGAAGCCCCUUCUCCUGCGCCAACAAUGGUCUCUAG